GGUUUUUAGUUACAAAAAAGUUUAUCAAAGGUACCGAAGUACUUAUUUUUAGCUAUUGAGUACUCUUGGAUAUAAGUGCCAAAUGAAAACACUAUUUUAGUAAACUCUAUUCCAGUGACUCUGCUUAAACGAUGUAUAAAAACAAUAAAUAUCGUAAGCACCUUGAGGAUCAUUUCUACGGGACGAAGAAUACAUCUACCCUUAAUGAGAACAAAGGGUGUGGUCAGUGUGCCUAUAAGGAUGUCGAGUGUCGACCGCGUAGGGAAAGAAUUAAUUCUCCGGAGAAUAUUCCUCAGGUUUGCAAGCAAACUUUUACAUCGGAAAAGUACCUAGCUAGGCAGGAUAAAUAUGGCGGUUACAACAAAAGACCGUGUGAAAAGUGCUCAUAUGAACAGCAACAACAGCGCGUUCAUCAUGCACAUGAUCCAUUUUAUAGGAAGUAUUAUCAUAGUAAUCAUCAUUGUAAAUAUGAUGACAAACUUCUCCAGUCCCAGCAAUACCAGCUACCUAGCCAAUCGAAUGCUCGUCAGCAAUGGAAUCCGAAGAGAGUGGAGGAACACAGUCCCAGACACUCACCCAAACCAUAUAAUAGUCAUUUCCCUUUCGGUCGCAGUACUCGAAAUCAGACCCCAGUCAAUGAAAAAGGCGGAGGAGAUUGUCUUCUCUACAAGAACUUGACUUUUGGUGCCCCUCCAUCUAGUAAAAGUGAUGAUGGUGGCGGGGAUAAAGGUGUUAAGAAACACUCGCCCAAAUGCAAAAGCCCACAUCAGAAGAUAGAAUCACAUAACUGUUCUGAAGCGGCCAAAACUCAUUGCCAAGCUGUUGGUGAUCAAUUCCAGCGGCAGUUCGUCCCACCUAGCGAGGGUUCCAGCUCCAAGGGCUCCAAAUCCAAACGCUCCAAAAUAACCGUGAUUAGUGCUAAAAGCGGCGACGAUCUCAGAGCAGCAGUAAGGUCGCAAAUAGAACUGCAAGAGGCUAUGGAGGAAUUUAAGCUCGAAGUGAGGAAUAAGCCUCCGGAGCCAUUGUCUGAUGACAAAACCAGCCCACACCCAAAAAGGAUCCAAUCCCCCAAAUCCGAUCAAGUGAUUGAGGAUGUCGUUGCAAUUGCCAUGGAACCCCGUUCAAGUAAUGCACUUUCGGAUUUGCUCCAACACGAAGACUUGACUGCCAGUCCAGAUAAAUUAGUCAGCACCAAAGUUAUCGAUCCCAUGAUAAGGAGAAUUCAACGCAUGUAUCUAAACACUCUGCAGGAGGAAAUGCAACUCUUGGAGCAUUUGGGAACAAUCCCAAAACUGGUCAACAACGUUUAUAAGCGAGAUCCUGCUGAGGAGGAGCAAAAGUAACUUUAGGG